ACUGCCGCGACAGUCCUCGCGAGGGUUUGGAUGCUCCUCAGGACCCGCCUUGGUGGCGGUGCUGCACUUGGCCCCACUGCACAGCUGGGGAAACUGAGACUCGGGCGAGCGGCUCUCAGGCCCUGACCUUCCCGCGCAGCCCAGGCGCGUCCGCAGCAGAGCCCGAGAUUCCCGGGCGACGGCGGGCCCCGCAGUCGCUGCCCGCCCGCGUACGGCCUUUCCUCUACGCCCGCCUAGCGAGCUGCGGUUACCGAGAAAUCCGGCGACCGCCGCGCCCAGCGUGCCGUCACCCCGGAAGCGGAACCUCCUCGUGGGCGUGACCUGUGACUCGACCUCCCAUUGGCUGGCGGCGCCCGUUCGUCCCGCCCCAUCCACGCGCUGAUUGGCCGCGCGCGCCAACCGUCGGUAUUUGAAUCGGCGGCGGGCAGAGGGGCUCCCGGACUCCUCGUCUCCCGCUCCCUUGGUUCCGUGCGGCGGCCGACAGAAUGAGUCUGCACGUCUUCAGUGACGAAAAUGUCACUGGUGACAAAAGUACAGAAAACUGCGACUUCCUGUUUUCACCACUGGAACUUACCGGAAGAUCAUCUGUUCUCCGUCUGUCACAGAAAGAAAACGUACCACCUAAGACCACAGCCAAAGCUAUGAAGGUUACUUUUCAGACACCUCUGCGGGAUCCGCAGACACACAGGAUUUUAAGUCCCAGCACGGGCAGCAAGCUUGAAGCUUGCUUUGCUCUGGGCGACACCAUUGGACUAGAAAACUGUCAUCAAGUCUGGACCCAGAAAGAGAAUGUUAACUACGUCUUUCUAAAAAGCCAACAGUUCACCAAGGAAACAGACACUAGAACGACCAAUGGAAUUCUCCAGAAACCAGCAGUGGCCGAUGCCAACCCCGCUUCAGAUCACAUGAGACCGGCCUCUGACGACAGGCAUCGCAGCGGGCCCUCCUCGGCUCCCCAGGCCUGCCUGGAUCCUGCAAGCUCUUCCCAGAUGCCCGAAAGUGUUGAAACCCCAGAGGCAUCUCCGGGACAAACGUCAGGCAGCCCUGAGCCCACCCAGGAAGAACACGUCCAUCCUCAUUCCUUAGAGGAAAGUGCUACCUCUACCUCCACAAUUCUAGAAGACCCUCCCGGGAUGGCAUCCCAGGACAGAACAGAGGACCCGCUGAGAGCCACAGGAGAAAACUCGAGCGGGCUCCCUGCGCCCUCUGCCGGGGCCGCUUCAGCUCCUGGUACCCACCCCGGCGGAGCCCGCGGAGCAGAGCCCCUCGUGGACCUGCCUAGCGAGGCCCCAGCUGGCCCCGUGGAGGCUGGAGGUGCCACGUUCCCCAGUCCUCAGAAGGAGGAGGCCGAAGGGCAAACGGCCGACUCUUUGAGGAGUGAGCCCGUAAGGCUGGAAUUUGACUUUUCUGACGGCACCAUCAAAGGGCCGCCCCCACUGAGGAAACGAGGGAAGACCCCGGCUCUCAGACCUCCCUCGAGGAGACCAGAGGCGAGGCAGGAAAAGGAGGAAAAGGCCCUCGUGGAGGCGGGCGAGGGUCCCGAUCCCCCUCCCCGCGGGUCCAACAGCCUGGACCAGGACAAGCUGGACGACCCAGACUGUAACCCCACCAGAGGUGACGGAGAGGCCCAGCCCCCAGAGCACCCCAAGAGCGGGCCGGCCACAGAGGCCUCGUCUCCAAGCCGGCAGGUGCCCUUGGCCUCGGCGGAUGACACACCGGCGUUGCAGACCUCGGCAGGGACCGCAGAAGCGGCGGGCGAGGAGGGGACCACAGACGCUUCGGGGGCAUCGGCUCCAACCAGCAGCCCGGGCAGCGAGCCACCAACCGUGCCCACUGACCCCACACCCGCAACCCCCCGGGGGCCGGAGCCCGGCCUGGACCUGAGUGGGGAGCACUUCUGGGACCCCGCCGAGGUUCUAGGCACGGGGGCCGAGGUGGAUUACCUGGAGCAGUUCGGGGCGUCCUCGUUUAAGGAGUCGGCCCUGAGGAAGCAGUCCUUGUACCUUAAGUUUGACCCACUGCUGCAGGACAGCCCCCGGGGGCCGGCACCUGUGGCCCCGGAGCCCAGCAGCCCCUCCGACAGCAGAGGUGGGCAGCCUGAUAGGCCGCAUGGCCCACGUGUCCCGAAUAUUGACCCCGUGGCCCUGGGGGAGAGUCUGGGCCGACCCCUACGCACGCAGACAGCAUGCGUGUUCUCUUCUGGUCUCAGUGCACGGGGCACAGACGCGCAUUCCUCGGGAAGCCCCCCGGAGGCCCAGCUGCUGGACCUGGACUUUGCAGGAGCCCCGGACGUUCCCACGCUCGGCCCAGCUCCUUGUGACCUCGGACCCAGGGCUCCGCUGCUGCCCGUGGGGCCCAUUGUGGACGUGCUGCAGUACAGCCAGAAGGACCUGGACACUGCGGUUGGGGCGACACAGAAGGAGAACGAGGCGCUUAGGGUCAGGUGCACGGCGCUGCAGGAAAAGAUCCUGGAGAUGGGGAAAAUCAUGGACGCGUUUGAGGGGACCGUGUACCAGGCGAUGGAGGAGGCUCAGAAGCAGAAGGAACUUGCCAAAGCCGAGAUCCAGAAGGUUCUGAGGGACAGAGACCAGCUGACUGCAGACCUGCACUCCACGGAGAAGUCGUUCUCCGACCUCUUCAAGCGGUUUGAGAAACAGAAGGAAGUGAUCGAAGGCUACCGCACGAAUGAAGAGUCGCUGAAGAAGUGUGUUGAGGAUUACAUAGGCAGGAUCGAGAAGGAGGGCCAGAGGUACCAGGCGCUGAAGGCCCACGCGGAGGAGAAGCUCCAGCUGGCGAACGAGGAGAUCACCCAGGUCCGGAGCAAGGCCCAAGCGGAGGCCCUGGCGCUGCAGGCAGUCCUGAGGAAGGAGCAGAUGCGCGUCCACUCGCUGGAGAAGGUCGUUGAGCAGAAGACUAAAGAAAACGAUGAACUGACCAGAAUCUGUGACGACCUCAUUUCCAAGAUGGAGAGAAUCUGAUGUGGCAGCCCCGACCUGUGCCGUCCCCCGGUCUGUCUGUGUGUCUGCCUGUCUGGGUUUUUCUUCUCUGUUAACCUCAACUCGUUUUUAAACUAGGUUGCUUUAGGAAGAAUAAAUAAAGUUUCCCUUAAGUCUAA